AUGCCGGUCGAGGUCUAUCCAAUUGUGGCCAUCACCGGCCUGGCUGUUUGUGGUGCUUCAUGGUACCUGACUCGUCUUGCGCGCUCGCCAGAUGUGAUUUGGGACAAGAAGGGCGAAUUUGACAAGGUGUACAAGCGUGACCGUCUUUAG